UUAAACCCACCAGAAAAACCGAGCGCCCUCGAGUCGAGCUCGCUCAACUCAGUCACUGAUUCGGACCGAGUUCAGUCCAUCCAAAUCACCCCUCUCUCUCUCUCUCUCUCGCCGUCUCCGAUACUGCAGAAAGUCGCCGCCGGCGAAGCGAACCGGAAGAUGGUCUCUCUGUAGGAGCAAAAGGCGUCUUCCGUCGCUAAACCUAGACAACGUUGAAUCCAUGGCGGACAAGGAGGAGCUGAGGUACUCAGUACUCGUGAUGGUUCAACAAUGGUGGCAAGCGAGCCAUGAUGUGGCUUCUGGCGGCGGCGGCUGACUCGGGGAGGUGGCACCCGAUGGAGUGAGAGGAGAGAGAAAUUGAAGUUUCUUUGCAUGUUAAUUGUGAGUUGGUAUGGAUAAGCUAUUGGAGUUUGGAAGGAAGGCUCUAUUUUAUGUGAGGGUCCUCUCUGGAUAUGAAGAACGGAGGAUAAGAUCUUUCAGACUGCAGGUUGAGAAGCGCCUUCAACAGGCUCAAGAAAGGAAGGCAACCUUAAGAAAGGUCCCUGAGCAAGUUAUUUUGUCUGAGGUUCGUCGAAUGGUUGAAGAGAUGCAAGCUUUAAAUAAAAGGCUGGAAGAAACUGAGUCUGCCAUUGAAGAUUACUUCAAGCCAAUUGACAAGCAGGCUGAGGCAAUCAUGAAAAUGCAGCUUGAGGGUGAGGAGAGGACAAUGAAGGAGAUGGUAAGAACCAUGCAGAGACAAGCCUUGCUUGAGAGAGAGGACUUAGACAAAUUGGCAAAUGCGAAAUGUGCUGAUGUAGAUCAACAUAAGCAGAUUCCAAGAAAAGAGGAGGAAACGAGAAAGUGAACAGGUAAUGGCAUGUAGCAAUUAUCGGCGAAUUAAUCACUAUUCAAAGAUUGAGGAAAUUUUGUGGAGCUCAAGCAAUUAUUUUUAGGCUUCUAGUAGGUUAUUAUAUAAAACAAAUUCAUGCUUCUGGCCAACACUUUGUAUAACUAUUGAACAGCUUUUGUUGUAAUAAUUGUACGAAGGGUACAUCCUAAGUCCAAAUUCCGGCAGCAGCUGCUGAAUUCAGGGUGUCGUUUCUUCUCAUGGCAUAGUUACUUGAUUUCCAAGGA